AAAUUGCAAGACAAGAGGGGCACACCAAUGACGGGUUUAACAAAGAUACAACAGACGAUGAUACAGCUGGUGACAACUGUGAUGUUGAUGUAGGUAGACAUAGUUCUGAAAGGCAUGGUGAAUUGAGGGAGAUAAUAUCUGCAGAAGGAAAUGGCUAUUCAGAUAAACCACGCAGGCUGAGCUUGGCGUCUGGGUCAAAUAUAACAAGCUUAACAGACUCUAGUCAACUAUCGAUGGAACAAAUCUCCGGAGUUCAGACCGACCGCUGCAUCGAUUGGCUAGUGGUAUUGGCAUCCUUCUUCAUUCACUUCAUCUUUGGCGGGAUUAUGUAUUCUUUUGGCGUGUUCUACAUCAGUCUGUUAACUGAAUUUAAAGAAAGCAAGUCAGCGACGUCUUGGGUUGGCUCCAUUCAAAUAGCUGUGAACUGGGGCAUAGGUCCAAUAGCAAGCGCCCUUUCAGACAAGAUUGGACACCGGGCUGUUGGAGUCAUUGGUUCUAUUCUCGCUGCGACGGGGUUUGGCGUGAGUUCAUUGGCACCAAAUAUGUGGUUUCUCUAUCUAACAUACGGGGUUCUAACUGGCCUCGGUUUUGGGCUGAUGUAUUUUCCAAGCAUUGUCUCCGUCCAGGGUCAUUUUGAAAAGAGGAAAAGUCUAGCUAUGGGAGUUGCAGUGUGCGGAUCAGGUGUUGGGACAUUUUCAAUGGCGCCCUUCACAGGAUUCCUCAUUAAAAACAUUUCUUGGAGGUACACUCUUCUUGUACUGGCGGGGUUUUCUCUUACAGGAAUUGGCUUGAGCAUGCUGUACUUUCCACUGAAAUUAAAAGUAAUCAAGGGAAAUGAGACCAAGCAGAGCGUAUCCCGCUGUGACAAAACUAAAAUGUUCUUCAAAAACCUGUUCCACACCCCUUUGCUCCGAAGAGCUGAUUUUGUAAUGUGGCUGGUGUGCAUUUUGAUAGUACAAAUAGGAAUCGUUGUGCCAUACACUUACAUACCAGACAUAGCUGUAGCUAUGGGGAUAGAAGUGAACAACGCAGCGUUUCUGGUGUCGAUUGUAGGCAUUGCUAACACAGUGGCUCGAGUCGUGAUGGGUCUGUUUGCAGACGUAAGCGAUGCUACAUGUAUCAGACGCUGUAUGUUUGGGACCAGUGUCAUGAUUGCAGGCGUCAUGGUUUCCAUAUUGCCGUUUAUGAAGGAGUACGGCGUUAUUGCAACGGUGUGCACGUUUUACGGGUUAUCCUUUGGCAUCUUUGUCUCAAUGGUCCCGGUUGUUCUGAGAGAUUUAGUCGGCAUUGAGAAACUUGGAGCUUCAUAUGGACUUACCAUGUUAGCCGUAGGUUUGGGUUCCCUACUGUUAUCUGCUGGAGGUAGUUUGUAUGAUUUAUUCGGCUCCUAUGAUGUCACCUUUUAUAUCGCCGGCUCUCUAUUAUUCGUUGCCGGUGGAACUCUUCUGCUGUUGCCAUGGAUACGUGACCUGCAGGGCCGAUGUUGUUACGAUGGCAGCGCAAAUAUCACAGAAACAGAAUCUUGAAAACAUGGUAAAUGGUUCUCUAUGGAAGGUCCAGAGACAAAAAAUGUUUAACUUAACAAUUUGCUUGCGCGUUAAAGUUGUUAUCGAGAAACCUUCAUCUGGACUCACUAUGUUAGAAAAAUAGUUUUGGGUUACUACUGUUAUCGGUUGGAGGUGGGUCAGCUUAACUUAAUGCGAGUUGUUCCUUUGAAUAUUCACCAAUAUAUGAUUAUCUACCAAUGUUAUACAUGAUUAUUUUCUCUUACUGUUGGUUGGUAUUUAUUCACACUGUAUCAGAUUAUGUGCUAGAGUUAGAGCACGUUGGUAGUAGAAACUGGCUGAUUGACUGCAGUCUAUAAGUAUUCAGAUCAACCAUGAAUUGACUGUAAAAUAUAUCUGUGUACUGCAACAUUUAAACUAGGACAUA